UCCGGGACGGGACGGGACGGGGCGGGGCAGCGGGAGGAGAGGAGGGAGCCAUAAUUAGACGGCGGGUCUAAUUCGGGGCCCAGAUCCGGACGCAGCGACGGGAAGGCUCGGGGCAUUUGUGGAUCGGGAGCGGGCGAUGGGGCCUUGGCUUUGACGCAACUCCGAUGCUGUGCAGUCGAUUGAGGUCGAUGGUUUGUGGGGCUUGGUCGAAUGGGGAAUUGGCGAGGAUGGAUGGCUGGACGAGCAGGCACAGGCAGACGGGGCGGCGAACGAGGGAGUGAAUGAAGCAGGAAUUUGAUUGGCGGGUGUGCGGUUCUGGUUGAUGAUUGUUGCGGCCGCGGGAGCAGUUCGGCUCGAUCGUUAGAGAAUUGGAUUCGUGCGGUUGGAUUGGUUGGCGUGGUGCUCGUUUGCGCUGCUGCUGAUGAGCGACUGACUGACUGGUGACGGUGGAGGACGGAUUUCCCUCUGGCAGGACUAGGGAGCGCAUUUGAAGUCUGCCACGAUGAAGCGCGUUUUCGGAGUGAAGAAGGAGAAAGCUCCUGUUCCGACGGUCGAGGAGGCCACUGAGCGCAUGAACAAGAGAGGAGACAAUGUUGAUGAGAAGAUCAGGAAACUAGAUGCAGAGCUUGUCAAGUACCGAGAACAAAUCAAGAGGACGAGGCCUGGGCCUGCACAAGAAGCUGUGAAGGCUAGGGCCAUGCGAAUUCUUAAGCAAAAAAAGAUGUAUGAAGGACAACGUGAUCAGCUUUACAGUCAAACCUUCAACCUCGAGCAAGUGUCUUUUGCAACAGAAGGAAUCAAAGAUGCUCAGCAGACUAUGUCAGCUAUGAAAGCGGCCAACAAGGAGCUCAAGGGAACAAUGAAGACCUUGAAGAUAGAUGAUAUCGAUAAAAUGCAAGAUGAAAUGAUGGAUUUGGUGGAUUAUAGCAACGAAAUUCAAGAGUCUUUAGGGCGCAGUUACAGUGUUCCAGACGACAUCGACGAGGAUGAGCUGAUGGGAGAACUUGCGGCAUUGGAAGAGGACAUGGGAAGUGAAGAAGUUUCUGAUGGUGUACCAGCUUACUUACAACCUGACAAAGAGUUUGAGCACGAGCCGGAAUUGAACCUACCUUCGGCACCCUCAGGGCAGACUGCCCAGCAUCAGGCUGCCAGUGCACAGCGGGCUUGAUUGUGAUCCACAGGGUGCAGUGGACGAAUACGGCUUUCCCGCGGCACCGAGGGCUUCAGUUCGGACAUGAGCAACAUCACGGCGCACGUUGCUUUCAACCGGCUCACACUACUGAAGUACGGGCGGCUGCAUGAUAUCUGAUGUGGACCCCAAGUACCAACACAGUUUCUUCGCUCUCGAUGAGUACAAACUUUCUUACAAGCUGAUUGUGCCGAGAGAAGCUCAGGGAGGAAUCCUUGUGCAUAGAGCAUGCAAUACAGUUCACGCAUGACAAGGGGUUCCCUCAAUGUAGUGUUGCGUUUGUAUAUAAAUGCGUUGCUUAAUAUUAUUUGGUCCUAUCUCAGAGGUGUACCCUAAUUGUUCAAGAUCCUCUUAAGAGCAAUGUUCGAAGAUACAUUUGCGAGUGAGAGGGCAAAUCCAGCCCAGCAACUUUAGAAAAGUUCGCACUGAUUUGGGUAGGUACUAUUCUUUAUCAAAAAGAAUGAAGGUGAUUGAGUCUGAAUUUGUGGGAGCCCACUGUAAUCAAGGGUAUCAAUUGGUUGUUGUCCAAUAAACUUAUCGAAGUCUUGGGCACUUUUGCCUAAAUAAAAGUGGAAUGUCAUCGGUGUCGUUCAA